AUGCAACUACAUCAGCUCCAGGUGGUGGCGAUAACCCACCAGGAGGUGUGCCAGGUGGACCAGGACAACCAGGCCCGAACGGACAAAACGGUACCGAUGCAACUACAUCAGCUCCAGGUGGUGGCGAUAGCCCACCAGGGGGCAAUGGACCGAACGGUACACCAGGACAGAAUGGAACUAACGGCCAGCCUGGCCAGAAUGGCACUAGCUUUACAAAUUCACCUGGAGGGGGCGGAAAUGGAGACUUGACAACAACUCCAGAACCUACAACAAUUGAGCCUGUAACCAUAACCUCAACAAUGAGAGCUCCGCUACCACCUCCAGCACCAAGACGUAGAAGCUCUAGAAGCCCUGGGAACACACAAGGUACUACAACAACCAACCCUAAUAUUGUCUCAUAAAUGAAUGCUGAAAAAUUGAUGGAAAUGUUUGGGGAAAAAAUAAAUUUGUAAAAGAAAAUAAAUUGAAAAAUUA